CAUGUUUCUACCGACAGCCGAGAGAUGUCACUAUAUAUUCACAUUGAGAGACAUGAUGACUGUGUUCAAAAACUUGUGUUCAUCUUUGAUACCAAGAUGUGACAAAGAAGAUCUGAUGUUGCUAUGGCGACAUGAAUGUCAAUUUGUCUACGGUGAGAGAUGUCAGAACUCGGUAGACUAUGAUCGGUACCAGUUAGCAUUUGUCACUGCAGCAAGAAAACUAUUCACUAGUGAGGAAAUGCUGCAAGUGGUUGUGAACCCAAGCCAACCUCUGUUCAGUAACUUGGUAGAGCAGGACAGUGGUAUUGUGAUGGCGGGCAGACCUUCUACUGGUAACUCAGUCGCCGAAGAUGACAAGACAGACCAGUACAGACCAGUUUGGGUGGAGAGUAAACUCAGAUACUUAGUGGAGCAUGCCCUCGAAGAGUAUAAUAAAACACAUCCUAGAAUCAAACUAGCAUUGUACAGGGAGACUUUACAAAGAGUAUGUCGUAUAGCACGUACCAUCAGCUCACCUCAUAAAGUCGGCCAUGAAUUAUUGGUAGCAGAAGGAUGUCCAGGUCUGGCUUCCGUCAUGGCCAGACUGGCAGCUAGUCUCUGCGGAUACAGCGUGUUCAAUAUCAACCCAUCUCCUGUUACUUCUAGUUUUGAAUACAAAAUGGACCAGUUCAAAGCUGACUUGGUGUCUGCUUAUACUAAAACAGCUGUGAAGAUGGAUAAAGUGAUGCUGUUACUCAAUGAAGAUGAACUGGUGGACGAGGACUUCUUGGUACAUAUCGGCGAGUUCAUCGAGAACGGUGCAAUAACUCAUCUGUUUACGUCAGAGGAACAAACAACAAUCAUAAAUUCUAUCCGCACUGAGGUCACUGCGGCUGGAUUGACUUACACAAGGGAGGUGGCAUGGGAUUAUUUCCUCAAGACUGUUCAGAAUAGUUUCCGUGUGGUGUUGACUUCUUCCACCGGGGGCACCUUUUUCCAGAGACGGUGUCGAGAGUACCCGACUGUUACCAGUCAUCUACGAUGUCUCUGGUUUCCUCACUGGUCAAAAGAAAAACUUGUCACUCAUGCCUUCUAUCAUCUCAAAGAAAUUGCACAGUUGAACUAUGUGCAAAAGGAGAACUUAGCACAUCUACUAGCAACCAUGCACAUAGCAAUCCGCCAUCUGGAUGGCCGGGAGAGAGAUGCUGGCAGUUAUAACCACCUUACUAAUACUACUUACGAGAAAUUUAUAGAAAGGUUUAUCUCUGUGUGUAAAGAUCGAGAUGACAUGAUCACAAAAGAACAUGACACUGUCACACACGCACUGGAUCACAUCAAUAGAGAGAAUGAUUUGGCUGACAGACUCAAAAAACAACUGGAACAUGAGAAAGUGGUUCUGGAAGAGAGAAAGGAUGGCACUAUCAAGUUAUUAUCACAGAUCGGUCAGGACACUGCAAUUGCUGAACAACAAGUCAAAAUUGUCAAGAACCAAGAAGAGAAAAUUAAAAGUCUGAAAAAGGCUCUUCCGCAAUACGAGGAAGCCCACCAGAGGGCGAUAUACAAGGCAUCUCGUAUCAUCAAAGACACUAAGAACAUAGUGGAGACUAUAGACAUGAACGGGUUAUCUGACUUGAGAUCUAUGCAGAAACCUGAUGUGGAUAUUGAGGAUUUGAUGGCAGCUAUUAUUAUGAUUUUGAAAAGUCCUGCUGCUGAUUUAACUUGGAGUAAAGGAGCCAAGCGUCAGAUGGCUAAUCUUGAUAGGUUUGUGGAGGAGCUGAUGGGUUUUGAUGAGAGUCUGUUACCAGAGCCCACAUUGAAUCUUGUAGAGCCUUACCUUAAGAAGACGUCUUUUGCAGCAGAUAAUAUGAAGAGAAAGACUGGCAAUGAUGCUGCUGCCUCUCUGUGUAGCUGGGUCAGAGGUGUAGUCAGAUAUCACCGUCUUAUGUUAUCUAAAGUCAAACCUUUACAUGCUAAAGUUGAAGAGACCGCAGCUGCAGUGGAGGAAGCGGAGCAUAAAUUAUCAACACUGGUCAGUAAAAGAAAGGCAUUAGAAGAUCGUCUUUCUGACUUAGCUAAAGGUUUUGAAGAGGCCACCGUGGAUAAAAACGACCAAGAUGAAAAGACGCGAAAAAUGGACCAACAGUUAGAGACUGCUGCCCGGUUCCGACAGAUUCUUGCGAUGGAACACGAACAUUGUUUACAGAUAUCUGAAUCAUUGCCACGUCGUAAAAUGGCUAUUCCUGGCAGUGCUGCUAUGGCUGCUGCUUUUGCUACAUAUCUUGGCCCAUAUGAUCACAACUUCCGACGUGCUAUGCUAACGGUUCAUUGGCCCAUGUGUUUGCGAGAACGUGGUGUGCCGCUUAUUAUCGAUUCCAUUGAUCCAAUGAGAGGUCGUAUUGUUGACUGGGCCAUAGAUGGGGGCGGAUCCUACGGUACUAGUACUCUAGAACCAAGCUUUAUGGUGAUUGAAGAAGAAGAUGAAGGACCAGAAAGUGGUAUUGAAGAUGAGAUGGAGGAGGAACCAGAACUUGAAACAGAAAAGAAGGAUGUGGCCAAUGCAGCUGAAGAGACCGGAGCCGAGAACAAGGAAAAACCACCUGUAGAAAAAGAAGAAGAUGCUGGAUUGAAUGACCAAGGUAAUGCUGGUCUUGGUGAGGAACAUGGAGAGUUUGGUCCGAUGGAGGUGGCUGGCAGUGAAUUAAGUGAGAGUCGAUAUGCGUAUACAGCGGAUACCCUUCCUAACAUAACACCACAGGAGUAUAUGCAGUACACCAAGGCACUGGUCAAGAUAAUUAUUGGGGAUAAAUUACUACAAGAAUGGAUUACAAAAGGUGUAAGUCCACGUGAUAUUGAGAAUGCAGCUAUUUUGCACACUUCAUGGCAGAGACCACCACUGAUUAUAGAUCCAUACAUGCAAGGUGUUAAAUGGCUGAGAAGAUCAGUACCCAAGAAAACAAAACUUGUCAGUGUUGAUAUGCAAACCAGGUUUGAUCCGUCGAUUAUACUGCAGAUAGAGAAAUCCAUUCUUAGUGGACACCCUGUGUUACUGAUGAACUGUGAGCCACACAUUGAUAGUAUGGUCUCGCCGCUGAUACAUCACAGGAACACUGCAAACGAGAAAGAAAAAGAAGAGCCUAGAAUGAUCCGCUAUUCCAGUCGUCGUUUGCUCUGCCACGACGGGUUCCGUCUGUUCAUGAGCACCCAGAAUGGCAAUGCUGUGUUCAAUCCUGAGGUCUCGUCCACCUCCACGCUGGUUGGUUACACCACGUCGUCUGAGACCAUACAAGAUGAGUUACUAACCAGAGCAUUUGCCAGAGUUCGUCCCGAGUUGUACAUGGAGAGGAAGAAAGUGCUGAAAGCAAUACAGCAGCAUAGAAGCACACUAACAGAACUUGAAAAACUGCUGAUAGAGAAAUUAAGCGGCGAUAAAGUAGAUAUCUGGCAACAAACUGAGCUGGUGUCGUCAAUAGUGGACGCUAAAGACGAGGUUGCAGCACAACUAGACCAGGCACUACAGAUACUAUCUAUGUUAGAUCAAUUACAAGAUGAGUUGUUCCCCGUAGCUAAGAGAGCAGCAUUGUUGUUCUCUGUGCUGCGCAGUUUAGAAGGUCUUCAACGAGAGUACAUCUUCCCGUUGCCGUUCUUUAUGUCGCUGUUCGACAAAGCCGUUGGUGAAGAUCCUCCCAUGGAGGAAGAGGAACCUGAAGAUGAAGAGGAUGAUGGUGAGAGCACAGAUGAUGAACUCGCCUUGAAAGCCUCCCGGCCGUACAGUGCGUCAACAACAAAGACGGAAGAAAAACCUGACGAUUAUGAGGAUGAUGCAUUUGAAGACGAAGACAGUGGAAAACUCAAGACUCAACCGAAGAAGAUGAUCAGAAUAAAGAGGCAACAGCUGCUGAGGAGGACACUGCACCGAAAGUUGCUGAGUUUGUUGUGCCGGAGGCACCUGUACUGCCAACAGAUGGUGUUGAAUACAACAACAUGUCUGUGAAUCAGGUCAAACAGAUUCUGGAUGCUUUGACACAAAUUAUAUUCCACAAUGUCAGACAGAGUCUAUAUGAUGAACAUCGUUUGUUAUUUGCCACCAUGCUCUGUCUUAAUAUUGAGAACGAAUCCUCAGAUCAUUUUGCUGAAGAAGAAAUGGCUCUGUUGCUGCAAGGCAAUCCUGGAUUCGGCAAUAUGGUGUUGACCUUACAAGAUUUCGACUGUGAUGAGCCAGCACCUGAUUGGAUAGCAGCGGAUAAAUGGGAGGACGUGAUAGCGAUGUCCGUCUUACCCGGCCCGCUGGACAGUCUAUGUGUUAACAUAGCUGAGAAUUCAGAUGUAUGGAAGGCAUGGUAUAAAUCAUGCAAACCCGAAACUGAACCGUUGCCGAUCAGUCCAGAAGGUAGCGAACAAACACAAGGUGGGAAUGACAACCGUCCAGUUAAUGACGAGGAAGGAGACAUCGCCAAUGGCAGCCCUGAUUUAGGUUCAUUAACAGACUUC